AUGGAACGGCCAUCUACACCACCUCGGGCGACAAAGCCUGCGCCUGUUAUUUCUCCUCCCACACCAGAAGUUACAAAGCGCAUAGAAGAAAAUCGACUUCGCGCAAAGGCAAUCAGAGAUCAGCGUGAAGCUGAACAACGAGCGACCGGCACCGUACCCGAGAUUCCCAAAAGCUCCGGCGGCUUCGUACCAACAGACGAUGUCUACAUCUCUAAAACUGCCGACGGAAAGCGACCUUAUAGCUCCAUCUCGACGACAGAAUCUAAGGGAACGAAUCGAGAUGGGCGCAACAAGGGCGAUGAAGAAACCCUGCGCCCUGCGCGCAAGUUUACAAAGUUCGUGGAUUAUAAUAUGAGCGCCAUGACAGAUACAAAGGGUGGUUUCUUGUCGACAGAAGAUGAUCCCCAUAACUAUGCGCUCGGUGGCAAGAAGCAGGACGACGCACAGCGACCAAAGCACAUGAGCGUUCAGGAAUGGGAGAGGUUACAGUUAAUACGGAACUUGAAGCGACUAAAGGCUGGGCCAUUCGAACCGGGUCUUAGUGUUCUUGCUGAUGACGAGACACGAAAGAAGUGUAGGGAUUGCAGCAGCUUGGAAAUCGAUUUUGUCUGGGAAGAGGUCUUCCAUCUUUGUGUCUGCAAUAAAUGCAAGGAAAAGUACCCUGAGAAGUACUCACUGUUGACCAAAACCGAGUGCAAAGAAGACUACUUGCUUACUGACCCCGAGCUACGAGACCCUGAAUUAUUACCUCAUCUUUCCAAGCCAAACCCUCAUAAAUCCCACUGGCACGACAUGAUGCUAUUCCUUCGCUGUCAGGUGGAGGAGUAUGCUAUCAAGACGAAGUGGGGUUCAUCAGAGGCAUUAGACGCUGAGUACGAGAAGCGCGAGACUCAAAAGAAGGCUCGCAAGGAGGCCAAGUUUAAGGAGAAGUUGUUGGAUCUAAAGAAAAAGACACGAACAGACGCUUUCCGCCGACAGGCCGGCAACCUGAGCAAAUCUGGGGCAAGCAAGUUUGGAGAUGCAAUAGGGGGUGGGAAGCAUGUGCAUGAGUGGGGAAGGACAGUUGAAAAUGAGGACGGAAUGACAGUCAAGACGUGUGUUGACUGCGGUAUGGAAGUCGAGGAAAUGGAGUUUUAA